AUAAUAAUAAUAAUCAUGGAUGAUAAUGAAUUUGAUCAGAUCAAUGAUGGUAAAAAACAACAAACAACCGGAAAGAAAAGUAAAAAAGAUCGUCGUAAGAAAAAAAAUGAUGAUGAUGAUGAAGAUUUGGAUGCAUUGUUAGCCGAAUUACAUAUGGAAAUUGUUGAAGGUAAAAAACCAUCGGUUGUACCUUCAACAUCAUCAUCAUCGAAACCAAUCAAAUCGGAUGAUACGAUAACGACUGAAACUAACAAUAAUCAUGUUGAUAAUAUGAAUGAUAAAAAAUCCACCGUCAAUCAAAUCAAUAAUGAUGAUAAUGAUGAAAAAUCGCAAACAAAAUAUAAAAAGAAUAAAAAAAAGAAAGAUAAUAAAAAAGUAACGAAUCAAUCGACGCAAGAAUCGGAAAAUGUACAACAGAAAAAUAACCAAAAUGAUGAUGAUGAUAAUAAAACUGGUGAUAAAAUGGAAAAUGUUGAUAAAAAUAAUGCCGAUAAAAGUGAUAAUGAUGAUGGCGAUGAUGAUGAUGGUGAUACCGGAACCAGUAAAAAUAAAGACAAGAAAAAGAAACGUAAAGAAGCAAAGAAAAAGAAACAAGAAGAACAACAAUCAACAGGUACAACAAAAGCAUCGGGAAAAGGUCCUGGUAAAAAACAAAUAGCAUUAAUGCAAGAAAUUCUAAAAAAACAACGUGAAGAAGAAGAACGACAACAACGUGAAGAAGAGGAACGAAUUCGUUUGGAAGAAGAACGUGAACGACAACGUGAAGAAAAAGAACGAUUAGAAAAAGAACGAAAAGAAAAGAAAAAACAAAAGGAAAAAGAAAGAAAAUUACGGCUGAAAAAAGAAGGAAAAUUACUAACAGCCAAACAAAAAGCUGAUCGUCAACGUGCUCAAUUGAAUUUACAAUUAUUAAAAGAAUCUGGUCAAGCAGUAAUUGGUAAAACACGUAAAGAAGGACGAUUAGAUAAACAAGAUUCACAAGAUGAUGAAUCUAAAUCUGAUAAUAAUUUAUCUGAACCAAAAGAUGAUGAUAAUACUGAACCAUUAGAUGAUAUUGAAAUGGUUAAUGAUGAUGAUGUUGAUGAAGAAGAUGAAUUUCCUGAUGAUUGGGAAAAUAUUGUGAUUGAAGAUAGAAAAAAGAAACAACAACAACAACAACAACAGAAAGCAAUAGAAAAUAAAAAAUCAUCCAAUAAUAAAUCAGUAAAUAAUAGCCAAACAACAUCCACAACAAAAUCAAUUGAUCCAGAUUUAUCGUUAUCAACAUCAAAUCCGGCAAGUAGACCACCGGAAAAAUUUCGUUCACCAAUUAUCUGUGUACUUGGUCAUGUUGAUACUGGUAAAACAAAAUUAUUAGAUUAUAUAAGAAAAUCACAUAUCCAAGAUAAUGAAGCUGGUGGUAUAACACAACAAAUUGGUGCUACAUUUGUACCACCAACAGCCAUACAAGAACAAUGUAAAAAUGUUAAACAAAAAACUGAACUAAAAAUACCAGGUUUAUUAAUCAUUGAUACACCUGGUCAUGAAUCAUUUUCAAAUUUACGUUCACGUGGUUCAUCACUUUGUGAUAUUGCCAUAUUAGUUAUCGAUAUAAUGCACGGUUUGGAAAAACAAACAAUCGAAUCAUUAAAUUUAUUGAAAUCACGUAAAACACCAUUUGUUGUUGCAUUGAAUAAAAUUGAUCGUCUUUAUGAAUGGCGUUCAAAUGUACGUAAAGAUGUUGAAGAUUUAGUUAAUUCACAAUUACCAAAUGUAAAACAUGAAUUUAAUACAUUAAAACAAAAAGUUAUUGUACAAUUAGCUGAACAAUCAAUUAAUGCAGCAUUAUUUUAUGAAAAUCCUGAUCCACGUACAUAUAUAUCAUUGAUACCAACAUCUGCACAUACUGGUGAUGGUAUGGGUAAUCUAAUCAAUUUGAUUACACAUUUUACACAAACAUUAUUGGCUAAACGUAUAAAUUAUGUAUUGGAUUCAUUGGAUGCAACCGUAUUAGAAGUAAAAGCAAUACCUGGUCUUGGUACAACAAUUGAUGUUGUAUUAGUUAAUGGUAAAUUGCGUGAAGGUGAUAAAAUUGUUUUGGCUGGUCAUGAUGGUCCAAUUGUUACACAGAUUCGUGCAUUAUUAGUACCACAACCAUUAAAAGAAUUACGUGUAAAAUCACCAUAUGAAGAAUUACGUAUUGUUUAUGGAUCGGUUGGUGUUAAAAUUGCAGCACAUGAUUUGGAAAAAGCUGUUGCCGGAUUAAAUUUAUAUGUUGCACAUAAUGAAACUGAAUUAGAACGAUUGAAAACAAUGUGUUGGUCACAAUUUGGUUCGGCUAUGAAAGCUAUAAAAUGUUCAGAUAAAGGUGUUUAUGUUCAAGCAUCAACAUUAGGUGCAUUGGAAGCAUUAUUGGAAUUUUUAAAAGAUUCAAAAAUUCCUUAUUCAGGUGUACGAAUUGGUCCUAUUGCUAAACGUGAUGUUAUGAAAGCAUCAAUAAUGUUGGAACAUUCACCCGAUAAUGCUGUCAUAUUAGCAUUUGAUGUAAAAAUUGAUCGUGAUGCACAAGAAUUAGCCGAUCAAUUAGGUGUUAAAAUAUUUAUGGCCGAUAUAAUUUAUCAUUUAUUUGAUCAAUUUACAGCAUAUAAAGAAAAUCUACGAAAACAACGUAAAGAACAGAAUCGUCAUUUAGCUGUAUUUCCAUGUAAAUUACGUAUAUUACCUAAUUGUAUAUUCAAUAAACGUGAUCCAAUUGUUUUGGGUGUACAUGUUGAAGAUGGUACAUUAGUACCGGGUACACCAUUAUCCGUACCAACAAAAGAUUUAGAUAUAAUUGGUCGUGUAACAACAAUCGAACAUGAUCAUAAAACAGUUGAACAAGCUAAACGUGGUGAUGAAAUUUGUAUUAAAAUUGAACAUUGUACAUCGGAUGCACCAAAAUUAUAUGGCCGUCAUUUUGAUUCAAAUGAUUUAAUUUAUUCACGUAUAACACGUGAUUCUAUUGAUAUAAUGAAAGAACAUUUUCGUGAUGAUUUAGAAAAAAGUGAUUGGCAAUUAAUGAUUGAAUUGAAAAAAAUUUUCAAUAUCGUUUAAGAAAAAUGAAAUAAAAUGAAAUGAUUUUAUUAUUUUACCAAUAAUGAUGAUAUAUAUGAUCCAAGCGAAAGAA